AUGUCGACAAGAUCUGAUCCCCUAAAUGUCGAUCGCGAAAAUCCUGGGAGUGUCGAAAACAAAAAUGACACCCCAAUGCUCAACGACUACCUCGCUGCUCCUCCGACUAUCACCGAGAAACUUUCGAUUUCAUCGCAGUCCAAUAGCGCUAAUAAUUUAGUCGAGGACAAAGCCAACGAAUCUAAGGAGUUUGUUGCCAAAUGGCAGGCUUCAUGGGAGAAGAAAUCGUGA